CUCGUCGCCGCGCCCCUCACCUCGAGCAAAGAGGAGCGACAAUGGCCAUGGCCGCCCCCGCUUUCCUCCUGCCAUCACUGUUCCCCAAGCCCACUCUCCUCGCCGCGUCCCUCCACUCCAGCUUCCCACGCGGCCUCUCCCUCCGCUGCUCGCCCAACGGCGCCGCCGUGCCGGAAUUCCCUGAACCUGCCUCGCGCCGCGGCCGCAAAAAGUCACCGUCCCCGUCGGCGCCGAAGCCGAGGGCUACGAGGAGGAGAACCAAGAAGGCGGACCGGGAUCCCGACUCGGAGGGCGAGGAGGAGCCGGUGAAGCGGACCAACCGCCGGACGAGGAAGUCCAAGGGAGAGGCUAAACAGGAGGAGGUGGCCCAGGCGGCGAAUCACGGGACGGGGGAUACGAUUCAAAAGGCCAACGAAGAGGAGGAUGCGGUGGAAGUGGGUAGCGACGACGACGAUUUCGCGAACGAGUGGCCGCCGCUGGUGUGCUGCUUCGGCGCGCCGCGGUGGGAGUUCGUACCCACGGUGCGGGUGUCGGACCGCCAGAUGCAUCCCGACAUGUACUCCACGUGGAGGCACCUGCAAUGGGAACCGCCCGAGUUCGCGCGCGCGCCGGGGAGCGCGGCGAGCAACGUGGCGAUUGCGCUCACCCGGCUCGGCGGGCGCGCCGCAGUGCUGGGCAAGGUCGGCGACGACGACUUCGGCCGCGAGCUUGUGUACCGCAUGAACUGCGAGCGGGUGCAGACACGUGCCAUAAAGUUCGACGACAAAGCGGUCACCGCCACGGCGCGCAUGAAGGUGAGCUUCCGGGACCGGGAGGACGGCAAGGGCGGGACGAAACUUGUAGCCGAGACGGUGAAGAGUGCCGCCGAGGACUCCCUCCGCAGGACUGAGAUCAAUGUAGACGUGUUGAAAGAGGCUAGAAUGUUCCAUUUCAAUUCAGAAGUCCUGCUAAACCCCUCAAUGCAUGACACGCUCUUCAGAGCCAUUGAGCUGUCCAAGAAAUUUGGAAGCAAAGUUUUCUUCGAUCUCAAUUUGCCAUUGCCAUUGUGGACUUCCAAGGAUAAAACAAAGGAGGUGAUAAACAGGGCGUGGAAAGAGGCUGAAAUCAUAGAGGUGUCAAGGGAUGAGCUGGAAUUCCUCCUAGAUCAUGAGUACUAUGAAUACAAGAGAAACACCCCUCCUCAGUAUUAUCUUGAAGGAUUUCAUUUUACAAGAAACUGGCCACAGUACUACCACUACAGCCCUGAAGAGAUCGCUCCUAUUUGGCAUGACGGUAUAAAGAUCUUGCUUGUGACGUAUGGGACACUUCGGAUCCACUAUUACACACCUAAGUUUCAUGGCUGUGUGGUUGGGACAGAGGAUGCACUCAUAACUCCAUACACCACUGACCGAACAGGUUCAGGGGAUGCUAUUGUGGCUGCUGCUAUUAGGAAGCUGACAACUUGUCCUGAAAUGUAUGAAGACCAGGAUACAUUGGAGAGGCAACUGAGAUUUGCUGUUGCCGCUGGAAUCAUAUCACAAUGGACAAUUGGUGCUGUGCGAGGAUUUCCCACUGAGAGUGCCACCCAGAACCUGAAGGAAGAAGUCUAUGUGCCUUCUAUGUGGUGAAAUGAUAAACCAUUUGUGAUGGGAAUGAACAAAUAUAUGAUACAAGCAUACUUGAUGAAUGGUCUAACAGAACUGAACAAGGGGGUUUUCCUUUUUUUUGCGACAAUAGAGCUACAAGAGCAACUUACAUGCACUAAUUGGUCAGGUCUAUGGUUGCUUUAGUUAGGCGGCAGACAGGUAGGAGUUUGUGCUUCAUAUUGUCCGAUGAACAAGGAAUCUUUCUAUCAUCUGGUUGUUCUGCGAAGGGUUCCGCUGUACGUACGACUCAUUUGUACAACGCCUUUUCAAUCAACGGAGAACCAGGAUACAAAUGGCGGAAAAUCACUCAAAUGUACUGGUUCAUUUGCCAAGAACGCAAGAUUCAUCUGGUUGUACCGGAGAUGUACUUUAGGUGAAGUAUUUCCCUUUCUGUCAAUGUGAUCUGUGAGAAACACCUGUCCCUACGAUUUAGCCUGUGGUUUGUAACUAUGCUGUGUUUUCUGUGGUUACUGCAUUCUAACAUGAAUUUACAGAAUGAUUUCUUUUCA